AUGGAAAUCCGAGAUUCCUUCACGUCGAUUAGGCAGUGCAGGAAAGCCCUGGCCCGUGUGCACGUGAGCCUGGUUGACGUUCUAGAUGGAACUCAGAUGCUAUCCCUACUCGAUUCAACAGUAAGGAGGCCCUUGCCAAAAUACACAAAGAAAAGCCAGAAGUUCUUCGGUCGACAACUUGCCAAGCAUGAUAAGGCUCUGUAG